AGGUGUUCAAAAACUACUUGACCUUUUGCGGCAUCGGGAUAAUGAAUGCUCAGCUUUUCGAGAUGUCCGUCAACGAGUACAAGAGGAAUCAGAUGCUACUUCAACUGGCUCGAGGUAUCUUUGAAGAGCAGACUUCCUUGGACAAUGUGGUUCACAAGAUAAUGAGGCAAGCAGUUAGUCUGCUGAAGUGCCAGCGAUGCAUGGUUUUCAUCUUAGAGACAACAGAAGAAUCGUACUUGCCCGCUCAGCUGAGAAUGGCAGAAGGGAAACGACAUUCAAUAGCUUACCAGUCCAGUUUUGAUGCUCCAUUGAAUGACGUCAAGAACAUCAGCUUCCUGAAGGGUUUCGAACUUACAGAUGAGGAUACAGAGAAACUCAAGACAAUCCCUCAUGAGAUGCUGAAAAACUCAAUCAAUGCUACUAUAGCCCGUCAUGUUGCUGAUUCAGGAGAGACAACCAAUAUCGCUGACUUCACUGUGCAGAAACAGUUCAAGGAAAUAAGUGACGUGGACCCAGAAUUCAGGAUUCGAUCCGUCCUCUGCCAACCCAUCUACAACAGUGAGCAGAAGAUUAUUGGUGUAGCUCAGAUGAUCAACAAGGCUUGCAAACAGACCUUCACAGACCAGGAUGAACAUCUCUUUGAGGCUUUUGCUAUCUUCUGUGGACUGGGUAUCCACAACACUCAGAUGUUUGAGAAUGCUAUGAGGCUGAUGGCCAAGCAACAGGUUGCCCUUGAUGUGCUCUCGUACCACGCAACUGCACAACCAGACGAGGUUUCAAAACUCAAGAAAAGUUGUGUGCCUUCAGCGCGGGAGUUGAAGCUGUAUGAGUUCAGCUUCAGUGACUUUGACUUGACAGAAGAUCAGACACUUCAAGGCACACUGAGGAUGUUCAUCGAGUGUAACCUCAUCGAGAAGUACCACAUCCCAUAUGACGUACUCUGUAGAUGGACGCUGAGUGUACGUAAGAACUACAGACCAGUGAUCUACCACAAUUGGCGGCAUGCUUUCAAUGUGGCCCAAACAAUGUUCUCCAUUGUAAUGACUGGAAAGCUGAGGAAGCUUCUGACAGACCUGGAAAUUUUUGCUCUCAUCGUUGCCUGUCUCUGCCAUGACCUGGAUCAUAGGGGGACCAACAACACUUUCCAAGUCAAGACUUCUUCCCCACUGUCUCUGCUGUAUGGUACCUCUACCAUGGAACAUCAUCACUUUGAUCACUGCAUUAUGAUACUCAACAGUGAGGGAAACAACAUCUUUGAGUUCAUGUCUCCUGACGAUUACCGUGAGGCUAUAAGGAUGUUGGAAAGUGCCAUUCUGUCAACCGAUUUGGCUAUCUACUUCAAGAAGAGGGCUGAUUUCUUCAAGCUGGUAGAAAAAGGAGAGCACACAUGGGACAAUGAGGAAAAGAAGGGGCUGCUCAGGGGUAUGCUGAUGACAGCCUGUGAUGUGUCAGCUAUUGCCAAGCCAUGGCUAGUCCAGCAGAAAGUGGCUGAGUUGGUCUUCAGUGAGUUCUUUCAGCAAGGCGAUUUGGAGAGAGAAAAGCUCAAAGAAGAACCAAUGGCGAUGAUGGACCGCAAGAAGAAGGAUGAACUCCCUAAGAUGCAAGUGGGUUUCAUCGAUGGCAUCUGUAUGCCUGUCUACAAGAUGUUCGCUGAGCUGUGGCCAGACCUAAAACCGCUCGAAUCGGGAACCCAGCUCAACCGUGAUAACUGGCAAGCAUUGUCUGAAGGGAAAGAGCCAAAUGAUUGGGGAUCUUCCCCUCCCUCCCUCCAAACAAGCAAACAAAUGGAGAGCACGAUCCUCCAGAACGACAGGACCCAACUGGAUACCCUUGAUGAGAAACCUUCGUUGGAAUGCAUACAGAAGCAGGAAGGUAGUAGGAGUACUGGGGGCGGUGAACCCAAGAAACGGGGCUCACAGAUGAGCCAACAAUGCAAGGAAGCCCUGGCAGCAAAGAAAAACAAGAGCUCCCUUUGUUCAGUAAUUUGAUCUUUGUUUUGAUACUAACCAUCCAAAUGAUGUCAAUUGAGGGAUCUUUCUUUGUCCUAAAUUGAAUAUUGAAAGUAUUAUCCAGAUUUUUGUUAAAAAGACAACUUCAAAUUAUUCAGGUUUUUCUUCUCUUUAAUAUCUUGAAUGAUAAGCAUUCCAUUUGCUAUAUUAUUCAUUUUACACCACUUCAAGAAAAUUAUAUUUGAUACAUAAAUAUUUUUCAUUACUUUACAACAUUGCUGCCAAUUAAAGCAUAGUCAUGUGCCAGUACAAUUUUAUGCAAUCAAUUAGUUUGCUCUUUUUGAUAAUAGAUUCAACUUGCAAGAACAGAUUUUGAUUGUCAUGAGUUUGUCUUGACAAUAGAA